AUGGCUGAAAUGGUUGAAAAAUACAAUACAAAAUGUCCUGGUGUUAAACGCCUUAUGCGGGAAGCCUUGGAAUUAGCAGAAGCUACAGAUGAAUAUUGUGCAAGACCACUUGAAGAUAAUUUAUUUGAGUGGCAUUUUACUGUACGCGGUCCGAGGGGAACUGAUUUCGAAGGUGGUAUAUACCACGGUAGGAUAUUAUUGCCAAAAGAAUAUCCUAUGCAUCCUCCUCACAUUAUACUUUUAACGCCAAAUGGUAGAUUUGAAAUUAAUAAAAAAAUAUGUCUAUCAAUUUCUGGCCAUCAUCCAGAGACUUGGCAACCGUCCUGGUCAAUAAGGACAGCAUUGUUGGCUUUAAUUGCAUUUAUGCCUACACCUGCAGAAGGAACUAUUGGCUCUUUGGACUACACCCCAUCAGAACGAAAAAUUCUUGCAAAAAAAUCGACUACUUGGGUAUGCCCUCUCUGUGGUGAAAUAGAAAGUUUGUUGUCUUUAAUGGCUGCAAAGCCUCCAACAGAAGAAGAACAAUCAGUAUUAAACCAAAUAGCAUUUAAAGGCGAAGAGGAACAAGCAUCAAAACCUCCGGUUGAGCCAGCUUUUGAGCCUCAAAAUUUGCAAUACACUCAACAAGUUUUAGAAUCAUCUGAUCCAUCUACUAGCUUUUUAGACCAAUUAACAGAGAUUCUUGUAGCGUUGCUAGUUGGUGCAAUUGGAAUUUUUAUUUAUAGACGCUGGAGUGCUCAUGCAACUGCAGAACCAGAUUUG